AUGCUCUACACGGAAGAAUCCACAACCGACCAACAACAACAACCAUCAUCAUACCACGAUGAUGAAGUAGAACACGUGAUUGAAAUUACCAACACUUCCAAUCUAGUUUCGAAUAUUUCCAAUUGCAUCAUUUCCAUUCCAUAUGAUUAUUCCUUUAAACAAUUUACCUCUUCCUACCCUGAAGAAUUAAACAACCAAAUGUCCCAAGAAGAUUAUCACUCCUUCACCGAACAAAUUUCCACAAUUUUAAACAAAUUUCAUACACAACUCAAAGAAGGAGAUGUUGAAAUAUUUUAUGCCAGUUGUGCCAUGUUGAUUUCCAUUGUAAUUUUCCUCUUAUUUGGACUAUUCUUGGUGAUUAGAUUGGGAGCUACAUUCAAUGCAUCAGCUGCUGGUCAGGGAUUAAUUUUAUUCUACAUGUAUGUGUUGUGGAUUCCACCUGUGGUUUUUUUCACAUGGUUGAUUUUUAUUAGAAGAAGGAAUAAUUUUGAAAUUCAUAGGGAAUGUAAGAGAGCUAUUUCAUUUGCUAUUGAAAAGAAGAAUCAACAAUUAUCUGGUAAAUUUCAAUGGAGUAUUACAUAUGGAUUUGAAAAUAUUCUUGGAAGAUUUGAGUUGACUAGACCACCAAUUAUUAAUUUAUAUUCUGCUGCAUUGUAA